CCGCUAUAGGCACAUCUGACGAUCCGUCUCGCACGCGACCACACAUCACUCCCUCCGCUAUCGAAGGAUAUAAUACCAUGCGACGAUAGCAUCACCGCGCCUCUCCUCCACCCACCGCCGCGAUCAUGAAGGACCCGUUUCCCCUACCACCGCCUGAGUGGCUCGUCGCCGCGGUCAAGCCAUUUGCCGACGCUCUUUCGCUACCGACUCUCGCUCUACACGCCCACGAAGUCAUAUUCGCCUUCUUCCUCUACACCAUAAUUGGAAGUGUCGUGUCUCCCAUAAUCAGCUCAAGACUGGUUCCGCAACGGUACAAGGCUUUGAACAAGAGAACGAGAAUCAAUUGGGACGUCCAUGUCGUCUCGUUCUUCCAAUCCGUGCUCAUCUGCGUCUUGAGCUUGUAUGUGAUCUUCUACGAUGAAGAGAGAAUUGCUGUGCGACCGAGAGAGCUCUGGGAGAACAGGAUAUGGGAAUACACGGGUCUCAGUGGCCUCUGCCAGAGCUUCGCCUUGGGUUAUUUCCUCUGGGAUCUGAUCAUGUGCACGUACUAUGUCGAUAUAUUCGGCGUUGGAAUGUUGGCGCAUGCGAUUAGUGCCGUGAGCGUCUUUGCGUUGGGCUACCGCCCAUUUAUCUACUUCUACGCCCCCGUCUUCCUCCUCUACGAGCUCUCAUCCCCGUUCCUCAACAUCCACUGGUUCUGCGACAAACUUGAUCUGACGGGCUCCCCCAUUCAAGCGAUCAAUGGUGCCUUCCUUGUCAGCUCGUUCUUCGGCUGCCGUCUGGUCUGGGGCAACAUCUCAUCCGUCCUCGUCUUCCUCGACAUCUACAACGCAAUCUUCAGGGGUAGCACCGAGAUCACCAAAAUUGCCACAGGAGCUCCAAAGAACUACAAUGCCACUGAGCUAUUAUCGAUCUACGCCGAUGAGCAAGGUCAGCGUUUCGCCUUCGCCGGAGCACAGUACAUCCCACUUUGGCUCGGUGCUUGCUACCUUGCCUCGAAUCUCGUCCUCAACUCUCUGAACAUUUUCUGGUUCUGGAAGAUGAUCCAGACAAUCCGAUCAAGAUUCGAUCCUCCUCUGGGAACGAAAGGAACUGAACCUGAACCCAAGCACUGGGAACCGGAGGAGAAAGUCAAAGCCGUCAAGAAUGAACUCAAGAGAGGUUCUGCGCCCAUUGUUGCCAAGGAUGUGGAUGUGCAGCAACGGAAUUUGCCAGACGGGACGCAGAGCGUCGAAGUGCAACAACGAACGCUGAGGACGAGGCGGAAAGCUUGAUCGUGAAGGCACGAGGGUGCAUUAAAUAAUUGCAACGGUCUCGAGUCAUAUCAGGGCAUCGAUAAACCUUUUCAAGAGUCGGAGACGUGGACUCAUUGUCAGGCGGUAAUGGUGGCGAGGACUUUUGCAGACUGCGUACGUGCGUGCGAACGCCAAUUUUGGUUGAUAUGCUCGAUUCUUGAAGGCGAUGAUAUGCGAUGCACAUAACGAAUGAAAAAUAUGAUCGGCCAUGAAUACAAUCACAACUUCUACUCCCAAGAAC